GACGUCCGGCGAAUGAUUCCUUCAGGACACGCCCUGGUCUCUCCAGAACCAGUCGAGUUGUCCUCGAGAAAACUUCGCGGCUACAAUUUCACGAAUUAUGAUUAAAGAAGGAAAUAACGCGUGUUAAUUGUGUGUUAACAAGUGUAAAAAAGGCAAUGUCUGAUAGCGAAGAUGACAGUAGCAGCACUGCCGAUUGGCCUGUUACUGAAGAGUGGUUGCAAGCGGUUCUUAAAAAACACCACGCGCAUCUUCCAGAUCCCGCAGCAAUUACCGUUUUGGAUUUUACCGUGAAACCAGGAUGCGAAACUGGAGAGAGCGUUUUAAGUGACAUUUUAGCGGUUGCCGUUAAAUAUAAAUUACCGAAAAAUCAAGUUGAAGAAGAUGAAGAAAAUCAUUCUCUUAGUUUUAUCGUCAAACUUUUACCGCAAGAUCCGUUCAGUCGAUUUUUUGUAACAGAAGCACAAUUUGAUUUAAGAGAAAUCAAAUUUUAUACUCAAGUCAUUCCAGAUUUAGAAUCAUUCAAAUCCCAACAUUUACCACCAGACGAAGACUUUCCAUUGCCAAUUCCGAAAUGUUACUACGCCCAUUACAGCCCAGGUUCAACCGAACCGGACGCAGUUCCUCCAGAAUCCGUCCUCGUUUUAGAAAACAUCAAACCGGACGGUUUCGUCAGCGUGGAUUUCUCGCGUGGUUUAACUCACAAGCAAACGAUAGCGGCAAUCCAAUCCAUAGCAAAAAUGCACUCUUUAUCUUUAUCAUUCAAGAUAAAAGAAGGUAAAGUGAUCACGGAAAGGUACCCUUUUCUGUUCCAAACAACCAGAGCUUCGGAUUCGUAUCAACAAUUAGUUGAGAGAGGACUCCCUCAAUUAACAGAGUUUUUAGAGAAAAAACCCGAAAUGGGGAGUAUUUUAGAAGCGUUAAAUUGUUUAAGAUCAAACACGAAAGGUGUCAUCGAAAAUUUACUCAAACCAGAAGAACCAAUGGCUUUGAUAACUCACACCGAUUUUUGGUGCAACAAUUUAAUGUUUAAAGAAAUCGAAGAAACAACAACUUGUUGCAUUUUAGAUUGGCAAAUGGUUACUUAUAGCAGACCAACGAACGACGUAGCUCUUCUUUUAAUUAGUUCAGUUCCCGCUGAUUUACGAAGAGAAUUCACGGACUCUUUAUUAGACAUUUAUUGGGAAACUUUAACGAGAAGUUGCCAAAAAUUAAAUCUCAACAUAGAAGAAGAAUUAGGUUACGACAGAAACAAAUUAGGUUCCGAUUAUAAACGAUCUCAAUUAUUAGCCCUGUUACUUUGUAUAGGAUCCGUCGAUGUCGCUUUAGGCGACUCAAACACCGAAGAACGAUUAUUGCAACUUUUAAACGAUUUAAACGAAGAAGGAUUGCUCAAAAUAAACGUCGCGCAAGAAGAAGCUUGAUUGUGAUAACGUAAGCCAAAGAAAAAAAAUUAAAAUGAAAGUGAAUUAACCUGCUUGUAAAAUUCGUUUCCGUGCCAAUUAUUAAUUAUUACAAUUACCAUUUAUUAUUAACCGAAAAAAUGCGAUUCAUUGUCACAUUGCGAGGUAACAUAAAUAAAGAAGUUGUAAGAAUAA